ACAGGUGGCAGUAAAGGUAAACAUGACUUUUCGACAAUAACGAAAAGGUGCGUCGACUUUUUUUUUUUUAAAGAAAAAGUUGUAACAAAACGAUGCUUAGCAAAAUGACUUAAAAACAAGCAGCAUGGUCCACGACGUUGCACUAGAGGCGUCAAGACGCGGCAGCCUGUCGACACUAAGAUCGCUGGACGACGAAAAGGUGGCGUCGAGCGAAGACGAUCUGGGAGCGAACUGUUUACAUUAUGCGGCCCGAGGAGGUUGUAUCGAGGCACUUGACUAUCUCGUAAACAAGAGGGGAUUUAAUGCCACGAAGCGCAGCAAUGUCGGUGCGACCGCGGCUCAUGAUGCAGCGGCCACUGGCAACCUCCCAGCCCUCCAGUGGAUCUUGGCGAACACGAAAUGUCUGGUGGACAACCAAGACGGAAAUGGUGCGACAGUGUUACACCUGUCGGCCAGGUACGGUCACGCCCAAACGGUGGAAUGGUUGAUUGAGGACACCAGCUGCGAUAUCUCCGUGAAAACUGCGAACUAUGCUUUACCUCUCCACUUCGCUGUUGCAGGAGGGAAUAUUGAGUGCGUCAGAAUUAUUGUCAAGGCAGCACCCAGCUCUGUAAACAUUCAGACAAACACUGGUGUGACUCCUGUGUACUUGGCAAGCCAACAUGGUCAUUUGGAUGUACUCAAGUUCUUGGUUCUGGAAGCCGGAGGGUCGACACGGAUGAAAUCAUUUGAUGGGAUGUCAGUAUUGCACGCCGCAGCACAAAUGAAUCGUCUCGACUGUGUUAAAUGGCUGGUAAAAGAUCAGAAAGUGAAUCCUAAUGACCGUGACUUCGAUGGCGCGACCCCUCUGCACUUCGCCUCAAGCCAGGGACAUGCGGUGGUGGUUGAGUGGUUGUUGAAGCACGGUGGCGCCAUGAUCACCCUUGACAACCUCGGAGGAUCGCCGCUACACAACGCAGCCGAGAUGGGCCAGCAACAGUGUAUUCAGGUCCUCCUAGAAAAUGGCUGUGAUCCUUACCUAAUUGACAACAACGGCUUCACUGCUGCGGAACUUGCCGAGAAGUGCCACCAGGAGGCUAGUGCAGCCCUCAUCAGAGGGGAGAUAACCCUUGACACCUCCAAAUUCUCCACACCACUGCAGGUACCUUGCAACAGUGUGGACAUUUUUGACUCUGUGGCAAGCACCAGCAACAGUUAUUUCCCUUUACAGGAAGUUGGAAAUUUGGAUUCAAAUAGACUGUCCAAUGAGCCGUCUGUGUCUGAUUUGUCAGCUCCACACUCCAGGUCGAACAUUCACUACCUUGAUGGAAAGUUACAAAUAAAAGGAAAACAGAUUGUGGUUGUAGCUGACGUUCAUUCAGAGCGCCACAACUCGGAAUGCAGCGUAUACUCCCAGGAAACUGGUGAAACUGAAUGUCAAGUGUGCUUUAAAUCAUCACAGCAGUCUCAAGAUCAUAUAAAGGAUUUUGCAGCAGCCAUUUUGCAUGGUUCUCACGAAAGUGACCUGUCAUCUGCAGCAUCCACUCUGAGUUCUGUCUCUGUCUCUGCGGCACAAGAACCUGACCCGGAAGUGGACUCUGACCUCAACUUUCUAUUACCAGCACCAUGUGGUGACCAGACAAGACCGCUGGCUGACAUCCGAUCGCAGUUAGAGCAUCUCAGCAAUUCUGUCACUCGAGGAAAGGAAAUACAGAGGAGUUACAUUCACCAAUCAGAAAAGGACAUAAAACAUAACCAGCCAAUCAAAAUGUCUAAUACAAAUGGUAUAAGAAGUGCAUCAAAUCAAGGCAACAAAAUGACUGUCAUACAGAUAAAGGGAAAUAAUGUGAAAAUUAAUGAUAGCUCAGGUGUCCGAGAGAUUACCACGCCUCCUAGUGGUACAGGACGACCGUCGCCAAUAACGGAUAACUCUAAUCAAAUACCGCGAUCAGGAUUGAAUAACUCGAACUCCUCACAAAUGGCACAGUCAGGGGCAGGUAAUGUAAAUAAGUUUGAAAACAGUGGCUCGGGAGCGAGUGUUGUAAAUAGUACAGUGACUGUUAAUGCAUUGUCAAAUGGCCUCUCAAGACUUCAGACAGACUCAAAUUCUACAAGUGAAAACACUGGUUCUAGGUCAUCCUCCGCAGGUCUCUAUGGCAACCAGAAUUCUGAGCAACCAGUCCGGUCUGUGUCACCGAGAAUUGGACCUUCAUGCGUUGGUUCCUCUCCACUAGCCUCACUGCUUGUGUCAACUGCUCCUAGAAGAGUUGCCUCCCCUAAUUCAGAUUCAACUGAAGGUGCGUUGCCAAGCAAUGGGAGACAGGAGCUGAAUGGAUCGUUUUCUUCGUCAAAUUCAUCACCUGAAGUGAGAUCAUCUAGGCUAGCCGAUAACCCUUUCAUGAACCAGAACGGUCACGUGCCUGCCAAGCAUGACAUCAUCGCCGAACUGAAGACCAGCAAAGGAGCAUCGGGUCUGAAGAAGUCCCGCGGUCCAGAGCGGGGGGUCACAAAAGAGGUGUUCUCGUUCGGAGGCAAACGGUCCCAGAAGAGUAGUAACUCCACAGAGGAUAAAAAGCCACCAAAUACCCUGGUUGGAGAGUGGGAUCCAAAACACUUUAUGAGCCAGGUUCCGGAGAAAGACUUGGCGGGCAUGGCUAUACCAGACUGGAGGCGCCACAUGCUGGCCAAACAGGCAGCAGAGAAAGCCAAGAAGGAAUCAGAGGAGAAAAUGAGGAUUGCGUUAGAAGAAGCGCGGUUUGUGAACAUCCCGGCCUGGAAGCGAGCCCUCAUAGAGAAGAAAGAGCAGCAGCAGUCUGGUGCCAAGUAGCAGGCUUCAUCUUGACACCAAUAUAAUAUUAGAGCCAAUACAAAGAAAGAAGCUGAAGUCAAAAUGAUACAAAAUGGAUGUUCUUUAGUUCCUUAAAAACAUUUUUUUGCAAAUGAUGACAAUGUAGUUUACCUGUUUUGUUGUUUAAAUAUUUUCUGAUGUUUACAUCAUUGAAGGUGCUAUCUCAAAGUUCCAUAAUGAUGGUUCCCACCAAAAUUAUUUAGUAACUUUUGCUGUGAAAUUUAAACUUUCAGCUAUAUAGAGGAUUUGUCACCAAUGUUUUAUUAAUAUGGAAAAUAUCAACCAAUUAUGUUAAUCAGUAUUUGUUGAAGCUCUGCCAAGACGAGACAAGGAUGAUAUUUUACAUAUUAAAAAAAAUGACUAGCGAAUUCUUUUUAUCCUAUAACACUUCUAACGUAACAUUUUAAUUUGAUAUUUAGUAAAUCAAAGUUCUGAAGUUGACUCACCGGUAAUUUUAAUACGAUUAGCACAAAUGUAGUUUGAUGUCACGCACAUCAACUGAAUCUCAUCAAAAUGUUAAGUUCAGGUACACAAGUCUGGUUGGCUGUAAACAAAUGACCCAUUGACAGCAAAAUAUUGUUAACCGAGUUAAUACUGGUAAAUAUCAAAUGGGUUUAUGACAUGGAUAUUAUGUGUCAGUUAAAGGAUAAAUAUCCAUAAAACAGUACAACCAAAUAUUUUAAUUUACUAGUUGAAAAGAAAAAUGGAUAAAAAAAUCUUUUGUGGAUGAUUGAAGGAAUUGGAUGCAUUUAGCCGAGGCUAAAACUGUAAGUUUGCUGCCUUUGUGCAACUCGUGGCCAUAUCCAGUCAAUCUGCCAGAUGGUUGAUUCACCAAUUUCAUUAGAUUCGUUAAUAUGUGAUAAAACAUGAAUUUAGUCAUACUGAAUGUGAUUCUUCUUACACGAUGUAUAAUGUAUUAGCACAUUACAGUUUUAAUAUUCGCAAGUUAUUCAUUCAAAGAUUUUGUGUGGGAUCGAUUGUAAUUAUUGUAACAAUAUGAAAUACUGCACCUGUAACUAUGAUAUAGCACCUUUUAGUAUUUGAUUGUUUAUUUUGACAACUUUCAUUUGUGGAAUGAUUUUUUAGACACAGACCCUAGUUAUUAGGUAAUGUAAGAUAGUUCCAGCUGUUAAAGGUUUUUUGUCACUAAAUUAAGUACUUUGUCUGCAAUUUCUUGAUCAGUUUUGGUCAUCCUAGAGUUUUUGGUAUUUCAUGUAAAACAGAAAAGAGUUGUACCUUAGAACUAGGUUUUGUGCCUUUAUGGAUUAAACUAUGUUUUUAUUUUGAA